UUUUUUUUUGAAGUAGUGACUGAUGUGAACCAAGUCCACACCCAACAAGUCAAAGAAGAAGAAGGAGGGGAACAAAGCCACUGUGGAGACUUGAGUUCAGGCGUCUGCUGCCUUUCUUUGGACGUCUCCACGAUUUGUCGGCGUGAACUAACAGAUGUGAUCCUUUUGGAGGUGCUAUGUGUCCGGAGGAUGAGCAGACGAGUCCCCCCGGUGACCCCAGCCCAAGCAGGUUCGGUGUGACACUGACCUGCGGGGACCCUGACAACCCUCAUGGACCGACAAAGAAGAUCUGGACUAGCACCGGUCUUAACAGGACCCCGGAGGUGGAAAUCCACUGUCCAUGCAGUCCAUUCAGUGCGCAGAGUCCAUGUAUUCUUGGGGACAACAACAAAGGAUUUGGGUCUUUUGUGAAGCGAUUGACGGAUGCUGAAGCCGAGAUCGUCUGUGCAGCCGCACAGCUUGUGUCUUUAAAAGAUAUACUAAAAGAUGCAAAGUCAAGCACAGUCAACAAACAGCGAGUUGCCAGGCAGAGAGGAAUCCUGCUGCAGAAGAUGGAGGACUUUCGGCAAAUAAACAAAGCCGUGCGGCAAAGACUGAACCAGCUCCUGGAUGAGGAGAUGGACCGGAUUGACGCAGGCACCAAGAUUGACGCUUUGCUGAAUAAGAUCUUACAAGCUGAGCGUGAAAUUGAGAUUCUUAAAGGUGACUUGGUUGUAGCAGAAAAAAGAGCAGAGGAGCUCAUGUGUCUGCAGCAACAAGAGCAGGAGAACAUGAAGAGCGCUCUCAACAUGGCCAAGUCCUCUGAGGCCAACCGCGCUCGUACGCAGGGGCAGCUACGCAGCAAAGAAGCAGACAACAAUCGACUGACAGUGCAAGUGAAGGUACUGGAGCGAGCCCAGACUCAACACAAGGCGGAAAUAGAAGAGCUGAAAGCGUCCUUGGCGUCUCUUACUGAGCAGGGCUCGAAGGAGAAAGAGGCCCUGAAGAAAGCAUCGCGAGCGCACAAGCAGAGAGCCGAGCGCUUCGAGGCCGGCCUGGAAAAAUGCUACAACCAGCUCAGGGACAGGGACGUGCAGCUCACCCUUCUUCAGCAAGAGAAGGAAACCUGGACGCGAGAGAAGGAGCAGCUGAGUAAGGGGACCCACAAACUCGGCGCUCAUGUGGGCUUUCUGCAAAGACAAGCCGACGGCCUCCCAGUGGACUUGCAGGUGGACACAGGAAGAGAGAUGAUAGAUAAUGAACAAAUGAUGAAUAUAGAGGUGUCGAAGGAGAGGGAAAAGGAGAGAAAGAUAGAGUCGGAGCUGCUGAAGGAGGGAAAGAAGGAAAGAAAGGAAUGGGACUGGCGAAAGGAAACGGACAGCGAGGCGGAAAGAACAGAGAUUGCGCUCCUGAAUGAGAGCGAGGACGACAUAAAGGAGAUGGAGAUCCUUAAGGAGAUUGAAGAGGACAGAAAGAGGAUGAGGAUUCUGGAGGAGGAGAGAAAGGAGAUCGAAGAGGACAGAAAGCGGAUGAAGAUUCUGGAGGAGGAGAGAAAGGAGAUUGAAGAGGACAGAAAGCGGAUGAAGAUUCUGGAGGAGGAGAGAAAGGAGAUCGAAGAGGACAGAAAGCGGAUGAAGAUUCUGGAGGAGGAGAGAAAGGAGAUUGAAGAGGACAGAAAGUGGAUGAAGACCCUGGAGGAGGAGAGAAAGGAGGUGGAAUGGCACAGGGAGAGGGAAACAACGAAGGAGGAACAGGACAAGGUGUGUGGAAUAAACGUGGUCAUGAUGCAGCAGCAGCAGCCCGGCGCCAGCCACGCAACGCACAAGCAGGAAGACCAGCUUGCUGAAUGCUCGGCGGCCCUUGAAGAAGAGAAGAAUGCGUCGCGAGAGAAGAACAACACAAUUCAACAAUAUCAAAAUCGGGUGGCAGAGCUUGAAGCGGACCUAAACAACACGAAGAUCCAAUGUAAACAUCUUUUGCAGGAAAUUGAAAUCCUUAAAGCCGUACAAGGGGAAAAAGCCGAUGAGGUGAGGCAGGAGCUGCAAGGCGGUGUGGAGAACAUCUCCGACACAAUGAGGGUGGCUGAGCUCAAGCUCCUGGACUGCAAGGAGAAGCUGCUGCGCGCCGAGAUGAAGUGCUCAGGACAGUCAGAGACCAUUAGGCAGUUGCAGCUAAAGGUGGAGGCUCAAGGGAACACGGUCAGGUCGGCUGUGGAGCGCAGAGAGGCUGCAGAGGAGGCCAUGUCGAAGCUGCAAGAGCGAGUGAAUGCCGUUCAAAAGAAGGAAGAUGAGUUGCAUCAAAAUAAGCUGGCGAUGCAAGUGAAGCUGAAGGUGGAGGAAGAAGCUCUUCACCACAGCAAACAGCACUCGGACGAAUGCGAGGCUCUCAAGCAGCAACUGAGUCAGUGCUCAAAGGAAUGCGAGGCUCUCAAGCAGCAGAUGGCUCAUCGCUCAGGAGAAUGCGACACUCUUGCCCGCCAACUGCAGCAGCGCUCUGCCGAGUGCGAAGCCCUCAGCCAACAGGUCACAAACUUGACUGCACAAGCCCUGUCGAAAAAAGAGGAACUGCAGACCGCCAACCACGCGCUGGAGGUUGAGAAGAACAGAAUAGAUAACGAGCUGAAGCUUCUAAGACAGAGCAAGUUGACAGCGGAAAUCCAGUUUGAGGCGCGCGUGAAAGACCUGCAGCUGAGUCUGGAACAGUGUGAGAGGCACAAGAAAAACAUGCUGGACUACAUCAACUUCCUAAAAAACUCUUUCCUCAUGAUAUUCGAAGAUUCAAGUCCUACUUUUUGGUCCACCGGUUUUCUAUAAUGAGGAUUUUAAUUUCUAUUUUUUUAAUUCAGUUUUUGGAAAAAUCCUGUUUCAAUAAAGUAUUCUCAUUAUUGUCAAAAGGAGUAAAUAUGAUUGUUCAAAAAAUUGUAAAAACAAGGUAUUUAAGAAACCAUCCAUCCAUCCAUUUCCUACCACUUGUCCCCCUAUGGAAAAGUAAAUAGAACUGCAUUUGAAAAGGAUUAUCAAGCAGGGUGCACGAUGUCUCAAAUCUUGUUUGACCUUGACAUCUAGUGGUGAAAGCCAAUGAAUAAUCCCAAUGCUGCUUGGAACAAACAGACUGUAAUCAACAUGAACAAGCAACCACAUUUUCUUUGAGACGCUCAAAUUGAACUGGAGCUCAAAGGAGUUUGACAGCCUUGUUGUAAAGUAACUGCAUAAACAAGCAAGAUGCAUAAAGGUUUUUACUGUUGUACGUGCAUACAAAUGUUUUAAAUGACAUUUUACUCUUAAGAUUAUAUUCCUCCUCUUUUUUUGAGAAGAAUUGUACAUUCUUGGCUAGCAGGUUACAGUUUGCUUUGUACAUUUUACAUGUUUGCAAAUGCACCUAAUUGUCGCAUUUCAAUAAUUGUGAUUUGAUGAAUAAAAUAUUUGCAUGUUGUCUAUAUCCUA